AAAGGAGACAUGAGGCUUAACGUUCACCUUCUGGGAUGAAAGAGGCCACCCUGCUUACCAUACGCUAACUAAACCAGACCCGGUCGCCGUAUCUGAGGAACACACGCUGUCGGUGGUCAUUUUGUAAACCUAUAUUGACUGAGUGAAACCGUAGGCAAGUUUGUUGGGGCGGGGGGGGAGUAAAAAAACCAAAAAAAAACCAGGUUUGCUUUGUUGUUGUGAAUUAUAAUUUUGCAUUUGUAUCUAAUGGAUUGAUAGUUUAUAAUCAAACGAAGGCAAGCUCAAGAGAAAGGUCCUGUCUUUAAAUGAAGUGCAUGUAGCCCGUGUAUGGAGGACUGACUGUCCGUCUAAUCGCUUGCCAGUCGUGGGAAAGACUGAAAUUACAUCGCUCUCAUGGUGGACUAUUUUGAGCUCCCACUGAGAAUGCCAAAAGGGAGACAGCAGGUUGUAGAGUUUUGUUAAAAAGGAGUUUGGGAGUCUUUCCGACGAGCUCGAUGAACAGGACCGUGCACAGGAGUGGAGACAGAAUGCUGUGUGCCACAUCUCCAGAUCUUGAACAGGAUGACAACCCUGCUUACUACAUCCUGAACGUGGGCCAGCCACCCUCUGUGCUGAACCAGCCCAUCGGGAUCCCCCGCCAUGGGCUCCAGACGCACUCCCCGGUCAUUUCGGCUCCGCCCCGGCUGCAGCACCACAAAGCCUACGAGCCCCUGUACGAGGCCCCGGGCUCCAGGUACAGCCCGGCGGGGGGCCACAAGGCCUUCGAGUGCCCCAGCAUCCAGAUCACCUCCAUCUCCCCCAACUGCCAGCAAGAGAUGGAGGCCAACGAGGAGGACCGGCGGGGCAACGGGCAGGAGGGCGAGUACCAGGACAGGCCCCUGUCCCGGGACCACCUGUACCUGCCGCUGGACCACUCGUACCGGGACGCGUCCCUCAGCCCCAGCCCCUGCAGCAGCCUGUCGUCCCGGAGCUGGUUCUCGGACGCCUCGUCCUGCGAGUCCUUCUCGCACGUGUACGACGACGUGGACUCGGAGCUGAACGAGGCGGCGGCCCGCUUCACCCUGGGCUCGCCGCAGGCCGGGCCGGGCGAGGACCCCUGGCAGCACCCGCUCCCCGUUUUCGGCCACUCGCUGUCCCCCCGCCAGUCCCCCUGCCACUCCCCCCGCACCAGCGUCACCGACGAGAACUGGCUGAGCCCCCGGCCCCAGUCCCGGCCCUCCUCCCGCCCCACCUCGCCCUGCGGGAAGAGGCGCCACUCCAGCGCCGACAUCUGCUACCCCAACUCCGCGUCCCCGCACCACUCCCCCACCGCCACCCCGGGACACUCCCCCCGGGGCAGCGUGACCGAGGACACCUGGAUCGGCAGCCCCUCGGGCGGGCUGUCCCCCUUCCAGUGCUGCCCCUCCGAGGCAGACAUCCCCUCCAAAACCCGGAGGACCUCUCAGGACCGCACCGCAAUGCUCUCUGGGAAGGUGGACCUGGGCCUGGAGGACCCCGGGAGCCUGUCGCCCUCUCUGGAGUCCCCCGGGGACGACUCGGGACACGCCCUGAAGAAGGACGGCCCCGGGGAGCAGUUCCUCUCUGUCCCCUCCCACUUCACCUGGAACAAGCCCAAACCAGGCCACACCCCCAUCUUUAGGACGUCGUCGCUGCCCCCCCUGGACUGGCCCCUGCCCAGCCAGUUCGGCCAGUACGAGCUGAAGAUCGAGGUGCAGCCCAAGGCCCACCACCGGGCGCACUACGAGACGGAGGGCAGUCGGGGCGCGGUCAAGGCGUCCUCCGGAGGGCAUCCCGUGGUCAAGCUCGUUGGCUACAACGAGAAGCCAAUCAACCUGCAGAUGUUCAUUGGGACUGCUGAUGACCGCUACCUGCGACCUCACGCCUUCUACCAGGUGCACAGAAUCACGGGCAAAACAGUCGCUACCGCCAGCCAAGAAAUCAUCAUCUCCAGCACCAAGGUUCUCGAAAUUCCCCUCCUUCCCGAAAACAACAUGUCCGCCAGCAUUGACUGCGCCGGCAUCCUGAAGCUACGCAACUCGGACAUCGAGCUGCGGAAGGGCGAGACGGACAUCGGGCGCAAGAACACGCGUGUGCGGGCCGUGUUUCGGGUGCACAUCCCGCAGCCCGGGGGGAAGGUGCUGUCCCUGCAGGCCUCCUCCAUCCCUGUGGAGUGCUCCCAGCGCUCGGCUCAGGAGCUCCCCCAGGUAGAGAAGUACAGCCUGAACAGCUGCUCUGUCAGUGGGGGAGAGGAGAUGGCCAUCACAGGAUCCAACUUCUUCCCCGAGACUAAAGUCAUCUUCCUGGAGAAGGGGCCAGAUGGCCGUCCUCAAUGGGAAGUGGACGCAAAAAUCAUACGAGAAAAAAGUCAAGGGUCGACCAUUGUGGUUGAAGUCCCCCCAUACCACAGCAAGGCUCUCGCCUCAGCCGUUCAGGUGCAGUUCUACGUUUGUAACGGGAAGAGGAAAAGAAGCCAAUCCCAGCGCUUCACCUACUUGUCAGUCAUGGUGAAGCAGGAGCACAGGGAGGACCUGGACCUGCCCCCCGCCCAGCCCAUGCCCCUGUCCCACCCCCUCGCCCACCCGGUCCGGACCCAGCUGCCCUCCCCCGACGGCUCCCCCCGCGGCCUGCUGCCUGUGUACCCCCCCAUGGCCGCCCCCUUCCAGCAGCUGCCCCGCCUCCAGAGCUGCCAGCUGAUUGGCUCUCCGCUGCCCUUCCACCCGGCCCCGGCCCCGCCCCCGCGGCCCUCCUACCCGCCCCUGCAGCACAGCCUGCCCUAUAACGGGCAGCCCAGUCUUCCCAUGAGCGCCGGCUCCGCCCAGGGCUACGAGCACCUGCCCUUCCAGCCCGACCCCCUGGGGCUGGGCCUGGGGUACCACUCCGCCUCCACCCCGCCCUCCGCCGGCAGCCAGCCCCUCUCCCACCUGCACUCUCUGGGCUACCCCUGUCCCAACCCAGUGCAGGUCCCCUCCCCCUCCCACCCCAGAGCCCAGCUGCAGCACAGUCUGGGCUACCCCUCCACAGGCCAGAGAGCCGCCUCCUGCCCCUCCCCCACCAACGCGCCCCUCCCCAUGGUGCCCUCCCCCCAUUCGGGGCCGUCCUCCCCCCAGCUGCACUCGCUGCCCUACCAGUCCCCCACCGGGGGGCCUGCCUCCUCCCCCUCGCCCACCUCCAGCAGCCCCCUGGUGCUCCUGCCCUCCCCCCAGGCCUCCAGCCCCGGCCUGGGCAGCCUGCCGCUGGGCCCCCAGCCGCCCUUCUCCCCCGAGGGGGAGAGGCUCAGCAUCAAGCAGGAGCCAGAGGACAAGGAGCUGACCUUCCAGUCCAUCGGCCUGCAGGACAUCACCCUGGACGACGUGAAUGAGAUCAUCGGCAGAGACAUGUCCCAGUGCCCGGCCUCCCACAGCUCCACAGCAGCACACAGCCAGACCUAACGCCGCCCACAGCCACAGCCUCAACGCACUGCCAGUGCUCACCCACAGCCACAGCAGGGCCCCUCUGCUCUGAGCUCUGACACUGUGGUGGUCACCAGUGGGGCCUGAUGUACAGAAGCUCCUCCUGCAGUCAGACCCCAGAACUCCCAGCAGCAGAUGCAAGCACUGUAGUGAAACACACACACACACACACACACACACACACACACACACAUACACACACACACACACGGGCUGGUGAGUAGUAAUGGGGGAAGGUACACUGACUUGUGUGUACCUUAAGGUACGUGAAAGGCAGGGGUUCGUGGCAGCCACAGAUAGAUGCACAUUGUGUUGCUGUGCUGUAAAUGUUAGCCCGGUUCACACCAUCUCCAAAAGCAGCAGGGGGAAAUUCGCCCCAUUUCUCCUCGUUCUCCAUUUUAAGGAUGUCACAGAUAUUUGGACUGAUGUCACCACAGACCUGUGUAUACUAUGCAGCAUUAAGUGCAUUCUGGUUCAGGUGUCUCUAAGAGACGGUGUGUGUAUUUCUCCCAAAAAGUGGCCGGGGGUGGGGUACUGAUGGCGCCCAUCGGUAUUCCUGCUGUUGUUGAGACGGAAACCGUAACCAGGAAGUAGAGGAUAUGGGCACAUGACCUUAUCCAGCCCAGACAGCACUGUGUCCUGUUGGUCUGGCCUACAGGCACUCACAGUACCUGUGUGUUCUUACACAGCACAGCUGACUGCAUGCCAGGUGGGGGGCUGGUUAGUGAAACACACCAUUCCACCCUGUAGCUGAAAUGGGCUUUGUAAUAUGCAACAUUCCACAUUUCUGAUCUUCAACUUUGUAGAUAUACAAUAUAUAAUAUUUUUCCCUUUUCCCCUAAUUCAGGUAGCACAAAUGCCUUAUAAGCGUUUAGAAGCUUUGAACGAUUGUUACAUUUUAUAUAGCUGACGUUUGAGUUAAAUAGUAAUAUUUAAAAAUAGGAAAAAUAUAAUAGGAAAAAAAAACAUUUGUAGUUUGAGAAAAAACUUAGCUGGAGCUAUUUUUAUAUGUAGACAAAUUGGUGAGAAUUUUGCAGUGCUUACGACAUGCGUUGGGUGAAAUGGUACUCUUCCACUGAAAAUAACGCAUUGAUACCUGUCCGCUUCAUGAAGCCAGAGAUGUAGAAUAAAUAUUAAUAUCCAUGCGUAAAUAUUUGGUAACAUGAGGAAGCCUGCCAGUUUGUACAGAAUGGGAAAUGGUAUGAAAGACUGGGCCAUUCAGCUCGAUGAUGCAAUACUACUCCUGAGGUACAGGAGGACUUGUGUGCCUUGCAGAAAUAAAAUUAAUAUUGAAGUGUAUAUAAACCGCAUAUUCGAUGACAUCGACAAUUAUGCCCGUGUUAUGAGCUGGGAACACGAAACAGACUUCAUUGGUAUACAGGAAGCGAGACGAUAUUUCCGCUGAACGAGGUGACACCAAGCACAAAGAACAAGCAGCCCUUUGCUUCACUCCUGAAUUCAUUCCGCUCUCAUUCCAUUUCCCGUGCUUUAGUCCAGCCCGUGACAUCACGCUGGUUCUGCAGGCUGGAUUAGGGUUCCAUAAGACCCUGUUCCUCAAAUCACACCAUCCCUUUACCUGAGAGUCAGGUCUCCGUCCCUUUACCUGAGAGUCAGGUCUCCGUCCCUUUACCUGAGUUUGGCCAAUCAGUAGCACUAGCUGUUCAGUUAAUUACCUGGGAGAAAAUGAUCCCUGCUAUAGGAUCUGGGGGUUUGUAGCACAGGUAUAAUUUAAUCACUGGCGGUUUUCAGGACUGGUUUGAGAAAUGUCCACACUGGAGGCAAGGUUGAUUCCGCUCAGGGUAGAGAGGUUCAGAUUCCCAGUCCAGCUGAAACCUUUGUGAAAGGUUGUGCUAGCUUUAAGGUGGUACUGGUCUCCUGAGAGGAGACGGCAGAUCGGAUUGCAAUAUUGGCAAAUGAAAGCCGGCAGGACAUGACCUAUGUGAAAACUGUCCAAACUAUACGAGUCAAGAGCCAGGUAGAAAAAAGCGAUGAACAUUGUGUUCGCUAAAACUGUCAUAGGAAGCCUUGGAUGCAGCUUGAAAUGAUGAAAGAUGAUUAGUUGGGGCUGGGAGCAGCCUCUGUCUUUAUUUAUUUUUGCUGCAAAUGAAUUUGCUCAUUCAGGGGACGCUGUACAAACGGAUCUAUGCAGCAUCGCUUCUUCUCCGCCUUAAGCGCUUUUCAUUCAUUUGAUAGUGAUGCUGUUGCGUGUGUAUUUUUCUAUUUAAAAUUGGUACAGAAAACUCUGGAGAUGGAGCAGGGCCGACAGUAUUGCAGAGGGAGUGUGGGUGGUUCUAUACAAUCAUGUCGAAAAUCACAGUGAAAUGAUGACGUUUUGCUAUGCACUAAAACCUGUCAGAUGCCUUUUAAAAGAACCUGGUUGCCUAUAGAUGUAGGAGCUGUAUAGAUGCUUUUAAUAUAUUACCGUAUAAAUACGUGAGACAUGUAUAUUCCUAUAUGAAUAAGUUGUUUCUGUGUAUCCGCCUUGUAAAGGAUUCAGUGCAAGCGUCUUAAUAGAUUCUUGUGUUUGCGUGCGUGUGUAUGUGUGUUUGUUCCAAUAAACUGUAGAUACAUGACUGUUAAAAAUCCUCUUUGAAUUUCAAUGGAUAAAAAGCACAUGACUGCAUUAGGCUAUGCAAUCUAGGCUUGUACCACCAGGGGGUGACAUGAGGCGUCACCUCAUAUGCAUUUACUGUAAUUCUUACACUUCCAGCUUAUGUCCACGUAUAGAAACUUGUACACAUUCAUAAAAACCUUUAUGCCACGAUUAUGGUCUGUCGGAUGAUUUUCGAAAAUUUUUAAAUGAUAUAAAUUAUUGUAACGUAGCCUUAACUCGUGUCAAGCUUUAAGUCACCGGCAACUCGAAUCACAUGGAGGGGGUUUGGAGUUUUUUUAGGAAGGACUUUGUGCGCAGGACCGCUGGUAGCACAGGGAGAACUGCUUUAGGACUGGCACAUGCCCGUCACCAUGGUGACCUGGAGCUCAAUCCAGUGGCCCUCGUCAGCAGUCCACCGUCCUCUUCAUCAUUACCAAAGACCGUUCUGAUGGACAAGAACACGUUCUACAACUAUAUUUUUGAUACUCUAAAGAUGGUGGUCAUUCCUAAAGGUUGGGGGGGGGAAACGGAACUAAAAUAAACAUUUUGUAAAAUAAAGGGAAGUACAGGUCUAGAAGAUGUUUACAGGGCCUUGUGUUGUAAUUUCAUGUACAUUUUGUAUUUUAACAUUUUGUAAUUUUUAAGAAUGCAGUGCUUUUUUUGGAGAUAUUCAAAGGGAAAACCUUGCAUCUGAUGCUCUUAAUUGGUCGUGUAUCAAUAAAAAGGAAAAUGUAGAAAUGGA